GUGUGUGUUAAGGAGCUUGGGGAUUCUUCAUGUCAAUGAGAAUUUAAGUGUAUAAAAGAACAGAAACAAAGCUGCUGGCAAUUUGCACUUAUUGCCAAAACCAGGUUUGGAACCAAGUGUGCCUUUUUUAGUCCUUCACUAUGCUGCCAAAUACAGGAAAGCUAGCUGGUUGCACUCUGUUUAUAACUGGAGCAAGUCGUGGUAUUGGCAAAGCCAUUGCAUUAAAGGCUGCCAGGGAUGGAGCAAACGUUGUUAUAGCAGCCAAGACAGCAGAAGCUCACCCUAAGCUUCCGGGCACAAUUUAUACUGCAGCUAGUGAAAUUGAAGCAGCCGGAGGAAAGGCAUUACCGUGCAUUGUGGAUGUUAGAGAUGAGAACCAAAUCAGUGCAGCAGUGGAAAAAGCUGUGGAUACAUUUGGAGGAAUAGACAUCUUGGUGAAUAAUGCUAGUGCUAUCAGUCUGACCAACACCUUGGAAACACCCAUGAAGAAAGUGGAUCUUAUGAUGGGGAUCAACACAAGAGGCACAUAUCUGACAUCAAAAAUAUGCAUCCCAUACUUGAAAAAAAGCAAAGUGGCCCAUAUCCUAAAUCUUAGCCCUCCAUUAAACCUCAACCCAAUCUGGUUCAAAAACCACUGCGCUUACACCAUAGCAAAAUAUGGCAUGUCUAUGUGUGCGCUGGGAAUGUCUGAGGAAUAUAAAGGAGAAAUCGCCGUCAAUGCUUUGUGGCCAAAAACAGCCAUACAUACAGCUGCUAUGGACAUGCUUGGAGGAUCGGGAGUGGAUAAACAGUGCAGGACUCCAGACAUUAUGGCUGAUGCUGCCUAUGCCAUUUUGUCAAAGCCAAAGGAUUUCACUGGGAACUUUGUCAUUGAUGAGGAGCUGCUCAAGCAUGAGGGAAUCAAGGACCUUGAUGUCUACGCUGUUAGUCCUGGACACCCAUUGCUUCCAGAUUUCUUCUUAGAUGAGAGCCCAGAGGCACUAGCCAGUGCAAUGGAAGAACAUGGUGCCACUGCUGCAUUUAAGGCAGGAAAAGCACAGGCAAAAUCGCAAGACUCUAGCCCCCUGCAAGAGACAUUUAAAGCCAUUGAGAGUUUAGUCAAUGAAGAGGCUGUGAAAACUACUCAAGGCAUCUACCAAUUUGUACUGUCUGGUGAAGAAAGCGGCAACUGGUUCCUGGACCUGAAGAAUGGUAAAGGAGGAGUGGGUAGUGGAGAACCAUCAACUAAAGCUGAUGUGGUGAUGAGCAUGGACAGUGGGGACUUCAUCAAAAUGUUUACAGGCAAGAUGAAGCCUACCAUGGCAUUUAUGAGUGGGAAGCUGAAGAUAAAAGGAGACAUGGGCCUGGCUUUAAAGCUGGAAAAAAUUUUAGGCCAGAUGAAUGCAAAGUUAUAACCACUUAAGAGUUAAGCACUGGAUCUAUCUUGCAAAUCCUAACAGCAAAAGGAAAUGUACCCACCAACCCAACAGAUCAAGCGGAGUUCCCAAUGACCCUUUCAUACAUUAUGAGCAACUGACAGUUUAUUAGAAACCAAUAAAACAACUGUGAUAACAUGACUGAAUGUAACAGUGCAGUGCAGACCCGUACAUUGCUUUUCACUGCAGUGAUCCCUGGCACAAAUGGUAGAAAAUAAGAAAUAUUCUGUGACUUUAAUACUGAUGUGUGAAAUAACUAAUUCUUCUUUUCAAAUCAAAGAAAAUAAAAACACUGCAGAUCU